UUGAGAACCACCAAGUCAAUUAUUCGUGGUGCAUUCUAUUCUUGUGUGUUAACAAUCAUGGCUUUAACAAAAAAUUCCACUUAUAAACUCAAUUCAGGUUACGAAAUUCCAGUAAUCGGGUUGGGAGUUUAUCUUGCUGAGAAAGACGUAACUAGAGAUGUUGUUUAUCAAGCAUUAAAAGAUGGUUAUAGACAUAUAGAUUCGGCUCAGCUUUAUAAGAAUGAGAAGGAAGUUGGUGAAGGAAUUGUCAAAUGGCUUAAAGAAGAUCCAUCUCAUAAAAGAGAAGACGUUUUUUAUACCACUAAGGUUGGUACUGAUUUUCAAGGAUAUGAAAAGGCAUUGGCUUCUUUGGAAGAAUCUUUUGAAAAGGUGAAGGAGUUGAAAUAUAUUGACCUUGUUCUUGUACAUUCUCCAAAGACCGACAAAGAAAGAAGAUUGGGGACUUAUAAGGCACUUCAAGACUAUGUCGAUAAAGGGAUAAUCAAAUCAAUUGGGGUAUCCAAUUACGGUAUCAGACACAUUGAAGAAUUGUUGAGCUGGCCAGGGUUAAAAUAUAAACCAGCUAUCGAUCAAGUUGAAUUUAAUCCUUGGUUAUUGAGACAGGAAUUAACGGAUUACUUGAAAAAAAAUGAUAUUGUUGCUGAGGCAUAUUCACCAUUGACAAGAGGCUAUCGAUUAGAUCACCCAGAUUUGUUGAAAGUUGCUGCAAAUUUGAACAAAACUCCAGCUCAAGUAUUGAUUAGAUGGUCGUUACAAAGAGGAUAUGUUACCUUACCCAAAACUGUUAACUUGACCAGAUUAAAGCAAAAUUUGGAAGUUUUCGACUUUGAAAUCGAUGAUGAAAACUACAACAUUUUAACGAACGAUGAAAAUUGGAUCUCGAGCAAAAGGGCCCCAGAUGACCCCAUCUAUUAUGAAGAUCCUUAAAGUGAUGAAAGUUAUUGAAUAACAGACCUUUAUAUUACGUAACAAUAGCCAGAUCUUUUUGGCUGAUAUUGUUUGUAAAUUAUAAUACAAUUAAAAGAAAC